UUGUUUUUGAGGUGUCAUUGAAGGCCCGCCUGCCGUAAGUGAGUGAGUGUUUAGACUUCAAUAAUGGCAACGAAAAAAAUCGGUUUAUAACUUUUUGUUCUGCUUCCGAAAGCGGAAAAUCCCCGGCUCGCGUCUUCAGACGUAAAAAAAAAUAGUGCUCCGCGAAGACGCAGCAAGUGUUAUUCCAAGCGUUCUGCAUUUACUUUGUUAGAUAAGAUAUUCGUUUUGCGCAAACAGUGAAUUUGUGGAUGUUUGGCGAAGUGUUUAAGUGCGGCAUCAAAACCAUCUACCUGAGAGCGAUACAGUAACCAAAUCUACAUAGCAAAAUGCGUCUAUUUCCGGUGCGGAUGUCCAACAUCAAUAAGAUGUUGGAUUUCUAUUCCCAGUUCAACCCUUCACCUUUGAGUAUCAAACAAUUCAUAGACUUCGGUCUAAAUGCGUGCCCUACAAAGUCCUACAUAUUUCUACGCAAAGAGUUGCCAGUCAGGUUGGCCAACAUAAUGAAGGAAAUCACACUUUUGCCGGAAGGUCUUUUGAGGAUGCCUUCGGUGGGUUUGGUCAGUGCAUGGUACGUGAAAAGUUUUGAGGAAGUUCUUGCGUUUGAGAAAACAGAACCCACUGGUGACAAUCUAGACAAAUUCUGCAAAUCUCUUAUACAAAUCCGUGACCGGCACUCGGAUGUCGUACAAACCAUGGCGCAGGGUAUUCUAGAGCUGAAAGAAUCGCGAAAUGGACAGAUCGAACCAUCGACCGAGCUCUCAAUGCAGUACUUUCUGGACCGGCUGUACAUGUCACGUAUUAGCAUUCGAAUGCUAAUCAACCAGCAUACGAUUUUAUUCGGAGAGAUUCCACAAUCAGGCAGACAUGUGGGAUGUAUUGAUCCGUUGUGCGAUCCGCACAUGGUCGUCCAAGACGCUUACGAGAAUGCGCGCUUUUUAUGUGACCAAUACUAUCUCGCUAGUCCUGAAUUAGAAGUGAUAGAGCACAACGAUCUGGAAAAGGGGAAACCUAUCAAAAUAGUGUACGUACCUUCCCAUCUGUAUCAUAUGCUCUUCGAGCUAUUCAAAAACUCUAUGCGUGCCGUGAUGGAAUACCAUGGUGCCGAAGAUGAUAUCCCGCCUAUCAAGGUCACCAUUGUCAAGGGCAAAGAGGAUAUCUGCGUCAAAAUGUCUGACCGUGGCGGUGGCAUUCCCAGAUCCCAUGUCGAUCAACUGUUCAAGUACAUGUACAGCACAGCACCACAACCGCCAAAAUCGAAGUCCGACCUCCCACUUGUCCCUCUGGCCGGUUAUGGCUAUGGGUUGCCAAUUUCGAGGCUGUAUGCACGCUAUUUCCAUGGAGACUUGGUGCUGUACUCGUGUGAAGGAUACGGGUCUGAUGCUGUGAUAUAUCUGAAGGCACUUUCUGACGAGGCAAACGAGCUGUUGCCAAUCUUCAACAAGACCAGCUCUCGUUUCUACAAGGCCACCGUGCCAACUGGAGAUUGGUCUAAUCAGAACUCGGAUAUGAACUCAAAGCAGAUGAACGCCCAAACCAGACGCAACACAACAGUGUCUAAUUAAAUUCAACUGAGUCACCAUUUUUUAUAUAUUUGCAAAAGAAAAUAUCUUAUACAUACAUGAACAAUUAUGUUAUUCAACAUGUAGUUUUCUGAGUGGCAAAUCAAUGUUGCUCUUAUCUGUGGUGAUUAGUGGGUUACAGAUAUAAUUAAAAUAUCAUAUCACCAAAAGCAUCUUUGUUAUAAAAUAUUAUGGCCAAUAAACACAACUAUGGAUUCGUUAUAGACUA